AUGAAUUAUAUCCAUGCUCUGGUUCUUUCUUGUUCUUUUUUUUUGUUUCUUUACUUUUUUUACUUUUCCUUUUCUCUUCUUUCUUUCUUUCUUUCUUUCUUACUUUUUACAAUUUUCUUUCUCUCUUUCGUUUCUUUCAUUUUUCUUUCUUUCUUUCUUUCUUUACACUUUUCUUUCUUUUUUUCUUUAUUUACCGUUUUCUUCUUCGUUACUCUUUUCCUUUCUUUCUUUAUUUCUUUCUUUCUUUCUUUCUUUCUUUCUUUCUUUCUUUCUUUCUGCUUAACAUUUCUUUUCUUUCUUUCGUUUCUCUUUUCUCCUUACCUUUUUUUUCUUUCUUUCUUUCUUUCUUUCUUUCUUUCUUUCUUUCUUUCUUUCUUUCUUUACACUUUUCUUUUUCUUUCCUUCUUUUUUCUUUACUUACCGUUCUCUUCUUCGUCACUUUUCUUUCUUUCUUUCUUUCUUUCUUUCUUUCUUUCUUUCUUUCUUUCUUUCUUUGCCAAUUAUUCGCGACAUCUUCGAAAACUUUAUCUCGUAUUCACCUGCAGCUGCUGCUUCAACUGCGAGGAGGAUCCAAAGCGACCAGUGGGUCGACCCGUGGCACGACACGCGUGCCUCUCUCUCUGUCUAUCUAUCUGUUCAUAUCUAUCUCUAUUUCAGUCCGUUGAUUAUCUAUCUGUUCAUAUCUAUCUCAGUCUAUUCAUAUCUAUCUAUCUAUCUAUCUAUCUAUCUAUCUAUCUAUCUAUCUAUCUAUCUAUCUAUGUGUUCACAUCUAUUUCUCUCAUUAUGCUCAUAUCUAUCUAUCUAUCUAUCUAUCUAUCUAUCUAUCUAUCUAUCUAUCUAUCUAUCUAUCUAUGUGUUCACAUCUAUUUCUCUCAUUAUGCUCAUAUCUAUCUAUCUAUCUAUCUAUCUAUCUAUCUAUCUAUCUAUCUAUCUAUGUGUUCAUAUCUCUCUCUCUCAGACUGUUCAUAUCUAUCUAUCUAUCUAUCUAUCUAUCUAUCUAUCUAUCUAUCUAUCUAUCUAUCUAUCUAUGUGUUCAUAUCUCUCUCUCUCAGACUUUAUCUCCUAGCAGUCAUCUAUCUAUCUAUCUAUCUAUCUAUCUAUCUAUCUAUCUAUCUAUCUAUCUAUCUAUGA